AUGAAAUAUUUUGCUGAUGAUAAUCCUAUUUGUUCUGUUGAUGCGAUUGAUUCUUUGGCACAUGAAGUCUUUGAACUCGAUGGGAAGGAUGGAUUAGAAGUUUCCAUCAGCAAGCAUCUUGAGAAAGAGGAGGCAAUGCUGAAUGCUGAUUUGCAGGAAACUAUUGCAGCAUUGGAUGAUUCUCCAGAGUUACAACAGUUAGGUAAUGCUCCUUAUGUUAUAUUGCCAAUUUCUGACAGGAGACCUUUACCCUCUGUUUUGCAGGCCCCUAUUCCAGAAUUGAAGCCUCUCCCUAGUCACCUCAAGUAUGUAUUCCUUGGAGACGGAGAGACAUUACCAGUGAUCGUCUCUAGUAGCCUUAGCACACCACAAGAAGAACUGCUUGUGCAUGUUCUCAAGGAGCAUAAGACGAAUAUUUGUUGGAUGAUUGCGGAUAUCAAAGGAAUCAGCCCAUCUUCAUGCAUGCAUCGCAUCUUACUUGAAGAAGGAGCGAAACCUUCCCAUCAACCACAAGGAAGGCUGAACCCACUCAUGAUGGACGUAGUGAAGAAGGAGAUCCUCAAACUUCUAGAAGUCGGAGUGAUCUACCUCAUUUCUGACAGCAGUUGGGUUAGCCCGGUUCAAGUGGUUCCCCAAAAGACAGGAAUUACUGUGGUGAAAAAUCAGAAUGAUGAAUUGGUUCCCACUCGGUAUUUUCAGAUUGCAAUCGCUCUAGAAGAUAAGGAAAAGACAACUUUCACAUGCCCAUUCGGGACCUUUGCAUAUCGUCGCAUGCCCUUUUGCCUUUGCAAUGCCCCGACCACUUUCCAAAGGUGUAUGAUCAGCAUAUUUUCAUAUUACAUUGAGAAUAUCAUAGAAGUCUUUAUGGAUGAUUUCACAGUUUAUGGAGAUUCCUUUGGUAACUGUUUGCAUAACCUUACACUUGUUCUUCAAAGAUGCAUAGAAAUUAACCUUGUGCUGAAUUCUGAAAAAUGUCAUUUCAUGGUUGAACAAGGUACAGUUUUGGGUCAUGUUGUUUCAUCUAGGGGAAUUGAGGCUGAAAGAACUACUGACCUCUACCCUAAUCAUCCAGCCCCAGACUGGAAUGUUCCCUUCGAGAUUAUGUGUGAUGCAAGUGAUCAUGUAGUAGGCGCUGUCUUGGGUCAAAGAAUUGGAAAAGCAUCUCAUGCCAUUUAUUAUGCUUCGAAAACUUUGAAUGAUGCUCAAAAGAAUUACUCUACCACUGAAAAGGAGCUUUUAGCGGUUGUUUUUGCUUUAGAAAAGUUUCGAUCUUAUUUGCUUGGUACUAAAGUCAUUGUUUAUUCUGAUCAUGCAGCUCUUCAUUACUUGAUGAUGAAGAAGGAGGUGAAACCAAGAUUGAUAAGGGUGGAAUUCGCUGCUGGUUCGGCUGUAGUGGUGGGAAUUGCUGCUGAUACUAGCAGUACAUGCAGUACUGCUAAUAAUGUUGAAGCUGUUGGACCUGCUGCAUCUAGAUCUGUAUCGUCUGGAGACAUUGAACGAGGUCUUGGAAUUGGGAGUGCUCAAUUCCAAGGGGGCCACGGAUGGCUCAAAGAAUGUUACGCCCACUGGGGAAAUCGAGACGCUCACUUGCGUGGUGCCCUGUGGUACGAACAGUGA